UUUGUUCGGUUUUAUGAGCUUUUUCUGAGAUUUGAAGUUUAAAAAUGGUCAAACGGUGUGCAUGGGGUACAUGCAACUCUGACACAAGGUAUCCUGAGAGGCUGGGCGACCAGGUGUAUUUUUUACACUUUAAACCACAUCUCAACCGAGAAAAGUGUCUCCUUUGGAUAAAGUUGUGUGGUAACGUUAGACCACAACAUCAACUCAACGUGAAUAAGAUUAACAAUGAUGUCUACAUCUGUUCUAAGGGCAGGGUGGGAGCUCGACAUCUCUCUCAGAUCCAGGAGGAGUCUUCCAGCAGAGAGCACAGCACCUGUUUCCUGCCUCCCAUCGUCCAGAGGCAGCAGACAGGUGGAGCAGGUCGACAACCAGGUGUGGACGAGGCAGAGAGACAGGAAGUGAGGCGUCUGUCUGACCCGGCGUCUCUGGCUCUGUACGAGCAGCGCAGGAAGCUGGAGGACAACAGGAGUCUGCUGGAGGAGUUGGGUCGUAUCGAGGCGGAGCUGCGUGAGUCUGUACGUCUGGACCUUGAGCGUCAGCAAGAAGACGAAUUUCUGCGUCAACAGGAGAACAUACUGCUGAGAACGAACCUGUGCUACCUGAGCCUGAGCCAGCGAGUCGCCAAACCCUGGGUCAGCAGCUACUUCAGGAAGUUCCCCAUGCACAUCUACUGCCUUCCUGUCCAAGCGGCCAAUCACAGAGGCCGCAGACGGGGCCUGACGAAGAGGAGAUGAUUUUAUAUUUUGCAAAUAUUUUUGUUUUUGCUGUUUUUUUAACCUGAUAAAUAAAUGUCCUUCCCUCACGUCCUCCUCAAAGUACAAAAGACACAUUUCUACAUCAGAAUAAAGAGACAGUUGUACAU